AUGGCGCAUAACAAUACCGUGCAAGAUGAGGUGCAGAAGCUGUCACUCGAAAAACCGGAGGAGUUCUGGGAUCACCAUGGAAAGCAGCUACACUGGCAUAAGCCUUACUCCAAGGUGAUCAGUCACCAGACCAAGAAGCUCGAAGAUGGGACUGAACAGCCUCAUUGGUCGUGGUACCCAGAUGGCGAGAUCUCGACAAGCUACAAUUGUCUGAAUCGACACGUCGAAGCCGGCAAGGGUGAUAACGUUGCGAUGAUCUGGGACAGUCCUGUCUCCAAGACCAAAGAGAAGUACACAUACAAGCAGAUUCUUGAGGAAGUGGAGACGCUCGCUGGCGUUUUGAAAGAGGAGGGCGUCACAAAGGGCGAUGUCGUCCUCAUCUAUAUGCCUAUGAUCCCUGCUGCCAUUUUUGGCAUGCUCGCGACCGUUCAUCUGGGCGCCAUGCACUCCGUUGUGUUUGGUGGCUUCGCGGCUGCUAGCUUGGCCCAACGUGUUGAGGCUGCGAAGCCCCGGGCCAUAUUGACAGCAAGCUGUGCAAUUGAGGGGGCGAAAGGGCCACUCGAUUACCGACCGUUUGUUGAGGGGGCGAUUGAAAAGAGUAGCUUCAAGCCCGAGAAGACCAUCAUCUGGCAGCGGGACAUCAAGCGAUGGGACCCGGUCAUCAAGGAGAAAGGGCAGAGAAAUUGGCAGCGGCUUGUCAAGUCUGCGAAGAACCGAGGAGUCAAAGCUGAUGCUGUACCGGUCAAAAGCACCGACGGGAUAUAUGUCAUCUACACCUCAGGCACCACUGGAUUGCCGAAAGGCGUCUUGCGAGAAGCCGGCGGACAUGCCGUUGGCUUGAACCUGUCCAUCAAGUAUCUAUUCGACAUCAAAGGACCGGGCGAUGUCAUAUUCACUGGCUCCGACAUUGGCUGGGUCGUUGGCCACUCGUUCAUUGUAUACGCCCCCUUGCUGGCCGGGGCAACGACGGUUCUAUUCGAGGGCAAGCCUAUUGGCACACCCGACGCAGGUCAAGUCUGGAGGAUGAUUGAAGAGUACAAGGUCACCAGCUAUUUCACUGCGCCGACUGCGUUGCGAGCAAUCCGGAAGGAGGAUCCGGACUUGAAGUUCGUCAAAGAAGUUGGCGAUCGCGGCGGCUUCAAAACGUUGCGAGCUCUCUUCCUUGCCGGCGAGCGUUCUGAGCCCUCGAUUGUGACGAAGUUCCAGGAGCUGGUCGAGAAAUAUGCCGCUCCUGGUGCACAGGUCAUUGAUCACUGGUGGUCUUCAGAGUCGGGCUCGCCAAUGACGGGACUUGCGCUCCGCCCAUCUGUAGGUAAAGAGCAUAGCUCGACCGAGUCGCACAAGGUCCUCAAGAUCAAGGCUGGUUCUGCGGGCAAGCCCCAGCCAGGAUUUGAUGUGCGUGUGGUCGACGAUGAAGGGAAGGAGGUUGAGAAGGGUGGUAUGGGUAACAUUGUGCUCAAGCUCCCUUUCGGACCAGCAGGAUUCACUACUUUGUUCAAGGACGACACUCGCUUCUACAAAGGCUACCUGAAGCGUUUCGACGGGAAAUGGCUUGACACCGGCGACGCGGGCAUGAUCGACGAAGACGGUUACGUUCACGUGAUGUCAAGAUCCGACGACAUCAUCAACGUUGCGGCUCACCGUUUCAGUACAGGUGCGAUCGAGCAGGCGAUUCUCGGCCACAAGAAUGUCGGCGAAGCCGCUGUCGUUGGGAUCCCUGAUCCGAUGAAAGGACAUCUACCUUUCGCGUUCGUCCAGCCUUCGUCUGCACCCAAGGAAGGCGAGAAGCUCAGCGCCGUGCCGGACUCUGCCUACUUCAAGGAAAUCAAUGACCUGGUGCGCGAAAACAUUGGCAACAUUGCCACCCUCGGCGGGGUCGUGGUGGGUAGGGGGAUGAUUCCAAAAACGAGGUCAGGCAAAACCCUGAGAAGAGUGCUCAGGGAGCUGGUCGAGAACGGCUCGGAGGGCAAAUAUGACGAGAAAGUCAAUUUUCCGCCAACGGUGGAGGAUGCUGCAGUCAUUGACGUGGCGAGAGCCAGAGUCAAGGAGUACUUUGAGAAGAAAGGAAAGGAUGGACUCAAGGCAAAAUUGUAA